AUGACGCCGUCUCUGGAAGACCUGGUAAUCGGGUGCUACGCCUCAAACACAUUUGGCUCCAACUGGCGCGACACGAACCUAGAACAGUCCGAUGAUUUUCGAGCCUUUACCAUAGAAAAGCAUUGUUUUGAGAACCUCAAGUUUCUCGUGGAAAUCGUCCGGUACGAGAAUCUAUGGAACCAGAUGUUUGAGGAGCGCCAUGUCUCCGUGCUCAAGUGCAAGAAGUGCGGUCCACGAUGUCUCCCCCGUCGCAUUUCGAAGAACAGUGAGGUAUCUUGCCUUUCAUGUGAUGAUCCAGCGACUGACAACAAGACUGAACCCAAAGGUGAAUCGGAUUCAGAUGCCAAGACAUCUGAAACAUUGCUUCUCCAAAAAGACGAUCCCCGUGGAAACGAGCUAACCGCACAAUGGCACGAGAUAAUGGAAAAAUAUAUCUACGAUGACGCACCCUACCAGAUAAACCUUCCAGAUGACAUACAUGGUGGGAUAAUUGCUGCUGACCGAGAUGACACUAUUCAGUAUCAUUCACCAGUGGUUCUGCUGGGAGCUCAACGGUUCACGCUAGAGUUGCUACGCGAAAACGCUUACUCGCCAUUCAUCAUAGACAGAGAACAACCUCAAGAGAACGGAAAGAAUCACGGAUCGGAACAUCAUGAGUUUGAAGAACAUGUUAACAGAUCCGUCCUACUCAUGCCAGGGCCCUGUGGGGUUAAAGGAUCGACGAAAGACUACCAGCCGACGGCACCGGCGAUUGCUCCCGUAGAGCGUUCCGUGAAAAAGUUCUCAAUCCGCAAUCAGCUCAGCAGAUUCAGAUCGAACACUUUAACGAAGUCGAAGACGAAAACGAAAUGA